GUUGCGAGUGUACUUACAAUAAAGGUUAAUUUACCUGUUUAAUUUCCGGAUUUUCAGUUGAUUUAAACGUUUUAUUAAUCCAAUCUUUAACAUCGAAAUUCUCAUCGGAAAAUGCAGAGACAUCCUAAAAUCAUCUUUUGAGUUUUUUAACACACGGGUAUAAAUGUCGACGAAAUCAUUAACAACGCGACGUGUUCGCCGUCGACGGUGUAAAUUCAUAGGUGGAUGGCUUUUAAAUCGACAAUUCAAGCGAUGGUUAACUCCAGUUCGAGGUGAUAAUCACAAGGCAUAUUGCGCACUGUGCGAGAAGAUUUUCUCUGUUGCCCAUGGGGGACUUCAUGAUGUUCGCGCGCACUUUAAAGGAAAGAGGCAUAUUUCUUUUGAAGUCGCAAAUAGCCAAUCACAACGUGCGCAACGGCUUGCUCGAUUGGCGGAUACUGGAUCGCGAAAUUCAUGUGCACCUCAUACAUCCUAUAGGAAUCGACGAUUGCUGCUCGGACGAGUUGAGCCUGAUGAUGUUGAAUAUUGUGAACAGGAAAAUAAAUUGGUCGUGAAGAGGAGAAUUAUCGUGAAGAAGGUGAGGGAGGGAAGGAGUCAGGGUGUUGGAAGUUCUUCUUGUGAAAAGAAAGAGGACACCGAAAAACUCGAGGCUGAGGACGUUGAAGGGUUCGAGGACUCGGACAGGUUCGAGUUCGAGCAGCAGUCCUUCGAAGACGACGACGUCGACGAGGACUCUGCUAACGGUGAAGACGGAGAGGACGAAAACGCAGACUUCAACAUCACUCAGGACGGAGGUGAGGCACUAAUAGUGCCAAAUUUACGUAUGUUGCAACAACGGAACGGUUCAACAUCGGCGGCACCACCCGCUCAACCCAUCAUGUUCCCUCAGCAAUAUUGCCUAAGAUGGAAAUACCACCACAGCAACUUGCAAACAAUGUUUUCACAUCUACUCGAGAGGCAAUCGUAUUGCGAUAUCACGCUCGCUUGCGAGGGAAAGACACUGAGAGCACACAAGGUUGUAUUGUCGGCGUGUAGUACGUACUUCGACACAAUCCUAUCACAAUACGAGGAAAAGGAUCCAAUAGUGAUCAUGCGUGACGUAAAAUUUUCCGAUAUUAAAGUAUUGGUGGAGUUUAUGUAUAAGGGAGAGAUCAAUAUCGACCAUACGAGGCUCUCAUCUCUAUUAAAGACUGCAGAAGACUUGCACAUUAAAGGAUUAGCCGAAGUCAGCUGGCGAAGUGACUCAGCACAGAAUGACAUAGCAAAUAGUGGUCAUAGUCCAGCAUCAGCUACCCCUGGUGUUGAAACAGUUCUCAGGGAAGGAGAUGGGGAUGAUCAACCUAUGCCAAAACAGAGGCGUAGAGGUCGUCCACCUCUUGAUGAUCCACCAUCGGCGCAUGAUGUUUUCACGCCGAAAAUCACUUGUAUCACCGGAAAUGUAGGCACAGAGGGCUCAUUAAAUGUAAACCAGGAGGAAAUGAUGAGCGAGGGAGGAGACCAUGAAAGUUGGGAUGAUGAUAUGAUGGCAACGAAUGAAAAUAACGACCCUUCUCUUUCAAUGCUCUCGUACAUGUCAAAAGAGGAAGGAAACGAUUUGGAGAAGAAACCGCCCAAUACGCCUACGGCAUUAAACGCUUCGAAUCCAGCGAUACCUGAACAAUUUCGGGAUGUUAUCAAAAUGAACGAUUAUUUAACGACGGGUCGACGUCAGGAGUUUUGGGAGGAACCUUUCACGCGACGCGUUAUGGACGCCAUAAAGAGCAAGGAACUGGAAAUGAAGACUGCAGCUGAAAUACUCGGAGUUUCUUAUGGAACUCUUUACGGGAGAUACCGUGACAGUUAUGGAUGCCUUAAACACCCAUACAGUUAUAAUCAUUGCAGAGUGAGAGAUUUUUGGUCAGAGCCGGGUCCAGCGGAAGUUCUCGCCAAAUUGCGAAGAAAAGAAAUUACACUUUUCAGAGCGGCCGAGUUCCUGAAUGUAACCGUCCACACAUUAGCCACAUACCUCUCAACGCUACAGGGUCCCGAUCGUAUUUCGUUAGCGGGCGAUUUAAGCGUCUCGGCAAGCAGUAUGGAUGGUAAUAGUGAAUUGGAGAAUAAUGAUACAGUGAAUGAUAUAUUGCAAAAAAUAAACGCGAAUGUGAACGCGAAUGCAACAACAGUCACGACUGCCACGACGUCAACACCAAUAAAAAGGGAGGGCGGCGGUUAUAUUGAUGUACCGAAUGUUGUGCCGAAAGCGGCGACGUCCGUACUUGAGAACAAUCCCGAUAUUACGAUAGUCAAAACGGAGAAUAUAUCGCGAAAACGUGAAUAUUCAAAAGUAUCGAGUACAGAAAACAAUAAUGCAAAAUUAUUAAGUGGCGGUGCUGUCAGUGAAAUGACAUCACAACAACAACAACAGCAGCAGCAACAACAACAACAACAACAACAGCAACAACAACAAAAACUUUCUGAGCAAUUGUCACUAAAUAAUGACAUCAGUAAGCCCUAACUAUUCAGGCCAUAUCUAACCCCGGCAAGCCUCCGAAUACCGUAUCCCGGAUACAGAUCUGAAUUGUGUCCGCGUCGAUUUUAUUCAAAUAUUUUCACUCGUUUUCUCACAAAUUUUCAUUUAAAGUAGAAAAAAGAAAACAACAAAUGAGCAAAAAGAUAUUUGUCAUUUUUUUCAAUUAGAAAUUGCAAAAAUUUUAUUUUGCAUAUAUAUAAAUUUUUUUAUCAUGACGAUAUUAAAAAAGGGAAAAUUGUGAAUUUUUUUUUUUUGGCACGCCGGAAAUGUGAAGCAGCAGCUUGAUCAUUAUUUCUCUCUCUAUCUCUCUCUCUCUCUAUCUUCUAUUUUUUUUUUAAAUGAUUUUUAGCUGCCUUUUAACACUUCCUUCGUCGAUAUAUAUUUUAUAUAUAUAUUUUUUUUAAGUUUCAAACGACGUAAUCGAAAGGACAAAUUCCAGAAUUACGAUUAGAGCUUAGUAUUGAUGUAUUUAUUACUUCAGAAUUAUUGAUUCGCUUUAUUUAACGGAAAAACUGACUUGCCCUUCGUAAAAAAAAAAGAAAAGAAAGUUCAACCGAAGUUCCUUUUGAAAAUAAUUGUCAUAUUGAGAGAAUAUCGUGAAAAAGAAAAAAAAAUCUUAGAAUAUGUAUGUUUGAACGUAUAAGAAAAAAGAGCGACAAUAUCUCACUGUAAAGGCGCGAUCUGAAGUGACCAUUUUUGACCUAUUUUUUUUAAGAUUGUUAACACUAGAAUAUCUAUUGGUUUUUAUCUAGACAGACUGGUUUAAAUCACGAUAUAAUAGGGGUGUAAAACAAGAGAAACAUUCUCGUAAAACAAUUUAAAUUUUUAUUUUAUCUGCAUAAAUUAAUAUUUUUUUCUUUAUAUUUUUAUUAUUCAAAUAUUUAUAUAUUAAUUAUUGCCAUAAUUAAUAAUAUAUUAAUUCUUAACUAAAUGAAUAAUUUUAAUAUAUUAAAAAAAUUGUUUAAAUGUUUCCCUAGUUUUGAUUGCGCGCAGAACAAAAGUCUAAUCGAGAAAUGUAUUUUUAAUUUUGUUUUUUUUUUGACGAAUGGUCAAGCGUGAAACGUUAAUUCAAAAAGAAGAAAAAAAGAACGAAAGGCGAGUGCUUGCAAAAGUAAUAAUCUAAAUCAGGAAUUAUUUCUUAACAACGCGUUUGAAUUGUACAAUUUUUAUGAUUUUUUUUUUUUUUAAUAUGAUUUUUUCUUUCUAUCUCUCUCUCUCUAUCUCUAUCUCUAUCUCUAUCUCUUUUACAACAGUGUAAAAUAACGCACUUAGGAGUUUUAGAAUUGUAACUAUACAUACGCGAGCUUUUUAUAUAAAAAAAAAAAAGAAAAAAAAACAUUUUAAGUGAAUUUUUUUUUUUAUAUUUCGGUUGAGAAUUAUUGACAAAAAAAAAAUGACAAAGACAAUUUGUUGAAAUAAAUACGAAAAAUAACGUCCAUUGUAAAUAUCAGUGCAAUAGCGAGACCUAAAACUAAAAUUAAUAUUAUUUGUCACAAAAAAGAAAAACAAAUGUUUAAUCGCUAUUUUACAAUAAUUGAGAUGCCUGCUUUUACGUUAUAUUAUUGCGUUGAAAACGCCGUAACAGGUAUAAAUGCUAGGGAUUUAAAAUUAUCGCCAAAUGCCUUAUAAGGUACAAGGACGAUGAUUUUAUUCAGUUUAUUUUGUUACGAAAAACUUUUUGGACACAGUGUCAUGGUCAUCGUGCUUUUUUUUUUUAUAAGGUACGAUAAGAAAAAAAACAAAAAAAAAAGAAAAAAAGAAAUAAU